AUGUCCGAAGAGGGACUUCUGGCGCAAGAGAUCAUAGUCAUUGCAUUGUCCGUCCUGGUACUCGUCGCGCUGCUCGGCUUCCUCAUCACCUUCAAUGUCACGGCUGGCGAUUUACGGCCCCAGCGCUACAGGGAUACCGGGCAGUGGGUGAACUCCCGCAAGGAGGCAGCCAGGGUCAUCGAUGCCUUGCAGGAAGAAUCCUUCAUCGAGAGCGUGCGGCGGCGCAGCGUUACACUAGCGGAAGACCUCAAGAGAGAGCUCAUGAGCCUCAAGCGCAAGAUGUCCAUGUCGACGCCGCUCCUCGAACUCGAGCCACGACCCGAAGACCUGCGCGUCACCAACGCGCUGCAGAGUUUCACAUUAUCGCCGGGGCUGCAGAUGACGCCUACGAAGUCUGGUGACACGCAAGAUGUGGUUGAGAACCGCACCAGAGACUCGUUUGCGCUGACGACUGGAAGAGAGUCGCUCGUCGCCAUGGAGAGGAAGAGGUCGACCCGUUCGACGUCCGAGUGUGCAAGCUGUGACCUGGAGGCGCAACAUGAUGACGAUUCGUCCUCGCCGUGA